ACCUUUCCUUCCGUUUAUUUAGUCUGUGUGGUUGGAUGUAUUUGGAGAAAUGUGCGAUACAGUCAAACUGGAUGCUGGGAUCGUACUUUCCAUGCCGAAGAAGACGCGUUUGUCGCUCGGCGACAAUGUUGAUACUGUUACUUUUAUCUCUGGGUGACGCACCCUUCGUAAACUGUUCCUGCGAGUUCCCAGCCGGUUGGACUGGAGAAUGGUACCAGUAUGAAAAACUAGUGUCGAUUAGCGUAAAUGCGACUGUUCUGGGUGAAAGGACGUGUGUAGAACGAUCCGAGCAGUCAUACAUCAUUUACGGUGACAAUUGCUAUCACUGUAUAAUAGUUAACGAUCGACACGAGAAUGUGAUUCAAUUCCGCGAAGGAUGGUGCUACACGAAACGAACUACUUUGGAUGACAUGUGCUCGAACAUCAAGUCCGACGACACAUUGUUUUCCAUGUUUCGUGUAAACUCCAAGGCAAUACCGUGCCCUUUCAGUGGACCGUCAUUUACGUUUACCUACGACAAGGGUUACGGUGAAUGCUCUAUGCCUAUUAGCCUCGCGGAGAAAUGUACCGACGAGAGUAAAUUACUUCUCAAGUAUCAAGCUUGUCCGGAUGUGAAACGAAGCGAGAGUAACACGGAAGAGUUGGAAUGCCUGGCUGUAUGGAACGAUGGUCGUAACAAGUAUCUGAUUGGAACGUUAAAGGGAAGAAGCGUUUCGGGUGCGGAGAAAAUGUAUAGAUGUUUUUUGUACGAAGAAAAGACGCAUCAUCAGGGAAAAAUGGUUUAUUUACUUGCUCAAUCUGGCGAACCAAACUGUAACGGCCUAACUACAGUCUCCGAGGGAUCCCCGAUGAUCAAGCUUACGAAAGUCGACAAAGAACACAAUAGAUGCAAGUAUCCUUCGUGGAUCACCGAACAUCACGACUGGCAUUCCUUAGAUGGUACUAAAGUUUAUCAUUUUACAAACAAAAAUGCAACGCUGAAAGUAAGGGCACAAAAUGCCGAUGGGGAUACGUUUCACGAAGAGAAGGUCGUCUGCCAUAAUUUAGAAAAAUGGCCACCAACGGAAAGUACGCAGGGGUACAAAGUAAAGUUGAUCGCUCAUGUUACUAGCGGAUGCGACAUUGGCUACGUUUGCAUGAUAUUUCACAAAAGGGAUCACCAUGUUAUAGAGUUACAGCAAUCGAGUGAGAAAGCUAUAAUGCCAGACGAGGCGUGUUCCCUCGCAGAUACAUCUACAAUGGCAUAUACCACCUUAAUAAGCUCAUCGUUGCGUCAGAGAAAGUGUCCGAAUCCCGGACGAUACACGAUCUUCGGAUUUGCUCGAUUCCAUUUACCUGGUACAUCGUUUCGUCGCCAACGUCGUAGCGAGAAGCGCUCUUCUAGAAUCACUAAGAGGAGAACUUGGCACGAAGAUGUGCCGCAAAAGGAGUCGCACGAGCAACAGCGGCAGCACCAGCAGCAGCAACAUCAUCAUCAUCAUCAUCACCAUCAACGUGGCGGGGAACAGCAGGAAGGAGAACAGCAGCACGGAGACGACUGUAAAAGUGGCAGUGUUGAAAUAGGCUGUGCCUCGACAGAUCAGAGUGAAAUCGUGAUUGGAAAAACGUGCGACAACGAUGAGACAACGUAUUACUGUCAUGGCAGUUGGGAAGAAAAAGGUACUUGGUACACGAUAGUGUCGCUGAAAACCAAUCAAGUUUCCUCGAACUUGGGACAAACCUAUUGCUUUUCUAUGCGGCCUAGCGAUAAUAAGGGAAAAGCAUCCGUGACGGGAAAAACGAGUCGUAGCAAAGUUCCGGAACAAGAACUUUGGUUAACGAAAUUGGAUCGUGUUUGUCGAAGGGAGGAAACCGAGGACGAACGGUUGUGCACGCUUGCCACUCAAGGAGUUUGCCAAGAAGUAACAAAGGCGGUUUUGAUCGCAACGAUGGGAAAUUGUGUCGCGUACAUACUUUCGCUAAGAUGA